UUUCUUCCCUUUCCCUUUCUCACUUUGCAGUUUGCCGAUGCAGAGAGUGUGUGAUUGAGAGAGAGAGAGAGAGAGAGAGAGAGAGAGAGAGAGAGAUUUUCUUCCCUAAUUCUGUUAUAAAAACCAUCUGAAAAUGUCAAAUCGUCAAAGAAUGGAUGGAAGAGUCAGAGUGUGAUUUCUCCUCUCAUGAGUCAAGACCGUGUCCUGGUCAUCUCUCUGACUUAGAAAAGGCAAUAACGAAGAAAGGUUUGCUAUAGUUGAAUCAAAAUCCGUGCGCAGCGGAAAGUUCAUGGCCUCCGGCGACUAUUUCCCGACGUCGGAGAUAUCCGUAAUCUGACGCGUCAGUGGGUCGUAGCUCCCCGCAGGAUCUGAUUGACAUUGGUGGAUCUGGAGCAAGAAAAUGUACGUGGUUCCUCCUCCUCAGGGUUCCGAUCUGAACACUGCCGCCGGAGGGGAUGGCUCCAAGAUCCUCAGGACUUACGAGGCCUGGAAAGGCAGCAAUAUAUUCUUUCUUCAAGGAAGGUUUAUAUUUGGUCCAGAUGUUAGAUCGCUGGUGCUAACCAUAUUCCUUAUUGCUGCUCCUGUUGUAAUUUUCUGCGUCUUCGUUGCCAGAAAAUUGAUGGAUGAUUUUUCUCACCACUUGGGAAUAUCAAUAAUGGUUGUUGCUGUUGCAUUCACACUAUAUAUUUUAGUUCUUCUUCUGUUAACCUCUGGACGAGAUCCUGGUAUUAUACCUCGAAAUGCACACCCUCCAGAACCGGAAGGCUUUGAUGGGAAUGCUGAAGUUGGUGGUGGGCAGACUCCACAGUUACGUUUGCCUCGUAUGAAGGAUGUUGUUGUUAAUGGCAUCACUUUUAAGAUCAAGUACUGCGACACUUGCAUGCUUUAUAGGCCUCCUCGCUGUUCACACUGUUCAAUCUGCAAUAACUGUGUUGAACGAUUUGACCACCAUUGCCCCUGGGUGGGACAGUGUAUUGGGCUGAGGAAUUACAGGUUCUUCUUCAUGUUUGUCUUCUCAACAACUCUUCUUUGCAUGUAUGUAUUCGGAUUCUGCUGGGUCUACAUCAAGAGGAUCAUGGAUUAUGAUGACGUAUCAAUCUGGAAAGCAAUGACAAAGAGCCCUGCAUCCAUUGUGCUGAUAGUAUACACCUUCAUAGCAGUAUGGUUUGUUGGUGGCCUUACUGUGUUCCAUUUAUAUCUCAUUAGUACAAACCAGACCACGUAUGAGAAUUUCAGAUACCGAUACGAUCGGCGAGCCAACCCAUAUAACAAGGGACUGUUUGAGAACUUUAAGGAAAUAUUCUGCACCAGCAUUCCUCCAACUAAGAAUAAUUUCAGGGCCAAGGUUCCACGGGAUCCGGCAUUGCCUCCACGCGCUGUUGGUGGGGGUUUUAUGAGUCCAAACAUGGGUAAAGCUGUUGGAGACAUAGAAAUGGGUAGGAAGCCAGUAUGGGGAGAAGCUGAAGCUGGGAUUGGUGAUUUUGGAGGGCAGCUCCGCCACGACAACAGACUGAACAACAAGGAUGGUGGGUUUGAUGACGUAUCCCCAGAUUUAAGUAGGAGUCUUCCUGCAGAGAGUACAGAGGGGCGUGCAAUACAUCCCAGGCGCUCUAGCUGGGGCAGGAAAAGUGGGAGCUGGGAAAUAUCACCUGAAGUUCUUGCUUUGGCAGCAGGUGCAGGUGAGUCAAACCGUUUUGGUGGUGACAGCAGUGCUAAUCAGACAGCCGGUAACCGGCAUUCUUAAACAGACUCUAGGCUCUGGAGUAGGAAUUCAUGAAAUGGAUGGAACAAAGGAGAGAGAAGGGUUUGUAGUGGGUGUGGAGUGAGGUUUUUUAGAUUUUUCAUGGUUUCUUGGCCACCAGCAUCAGUAAAUUGAUCCAGGUUGGUAGUGAGGGACUCCGAAUGCCCUGCUUCAAACUCAUAGCUUUGUAAAAUGGAAGAAAUGUUAAAAGGGUUAGUAUGGGGAUCGGAUCCAACUACGAGUUUUACACUUCCUUUGUCAAUGUUCAUGUUAUUGCUGUGUUGGUUCUUGGUGUGGAACUUGCUUGGUGGGGGUUUGGUAGAAGGUUGAACAGGUUGAAUUGUAUGUCUAGGAAUGAAUCGUGUGCCAAUACGUGUUACUAUUCUUCACUCUUGUCUUGGUUGUCCACCUGUUGAAAAUCUCACGUUUUUUCUUA